AUGGAGAACGAAUCUAUAAAUGUAACAGACUCGAAUGUAGCUUCUGAUGAAGAAGGAGUUGCAGCAACAGUUAUUAGCAAAGAUGAACAAAUGACAACUACCGUUCAUGAAAAUGGUUAUGGAUCUGAAUGUAAUUCGAGUUCGAGAAGUGAAGAAGACAUAACUCGUUCAGUAAUUGAAAUUGAAGCUGAUGCUUUUACACGUUUUAUUGAACGACAAUGUACUGAAGUUAUGUUUGAAUUACGUCGUUUACGUUUGGGUGAACGACCUGUAACUGAUCAACCAAAUCGUGAACGAAUUGAAACCUUUGUAAAUAAUAUUCACGAACAACAACGAAACAUAAGAACACCAUCAACACGACCUGUUAUACCUAGUGCUCAUCUCGCUGAUAUUGAUGCAUUAGCUAAUCAUCGAUGUGUAUCAGCAGCAUUAAGAAGUACAGCAUUUCGACAAGAUCUUGAAAAUGCUAUUUGA